GACGCCAGAUCGCGCAUGCGCUGUGAGGGCCUGCCACCGGAGACACACACGCUUCCGUGUCCGCACACCGGCGUCUUGAUCCGAACAAGAAACAGCGUGCUCCUCAAGAAAAGUCUGCGCUACUCAGAGCUUCUCUGCAAGAUUAACAGUCAAGUCAAACCAGGUAGGACCAGCGACAUGCCUAACAUCACGAGUGAGAACGGACUGCGAGUGUUGGUGACGGGAGGGGCCGGGUACCUGGGCUCCUCGAUGGUCCCCAUGCUGCUCCACGAAGGCUACCACGUCACCGUCUACGACAUCUUCGUGCACGGCAUCUUCUCGCUCCUCCCCGUGGCGGACCACCCCAGGCUCCGCGUGGUCUGCGGGGACAUCUUGGACGAGGAGCGGCUGGCAGCGGCCAUGGCGGAUGUCGACUUCAUCGUCCACCUGGCAGCCAUUGUGGGUUAUCCCGCGUGUGAUGCCAACCCCAAACUCGCUGUCAGGGUCAAUAAGGAGGGUACAGAGAACAUCGUCCGGUUGUUACAGCCCCACCAGGGGAUGGUGUACUCCUCGACAGGCUCGUGUUACGGAGCGGUGGAGGGGACGUGCAAUGAGGAGACUCCCAUCAGCCCGCUGACCCUGUACGGCCGCACCAAGGCGGAGGGAGAGGCUGCAGUACUGGCGGCAGGGGGCGUCGCUCUCCGCCUGGCGACCGUCUUCGGGGUGUCCCCGCGGCUGCGCCUGGACCUGCUGGUGAACGACCUGACCAACCGGGCGCUGAAGGAGCACCACUUCUCGCUGUACGAGGGCUCCUUCAGGCGCACCUUCCUGCACUGCAAGGACGCGGCGCACGCCUUCGUCUUCAGCCUCAAGAACUACGAGCGCAUGAAGGGCGGCGCCUUCAACGUGGGCGACGAGAAAAUGAACAUGACCAAGGCCUCCGUGGCCAAGUGCAUCCAGGAGAUGGUUCCCGGGUGCAUCAUCACGCUGUCGGAAGACGGGGAGGACAAGGACAAACGGGACUAUGAGGUUUCCUACGCUAAGAUCCGCAAGCUCGGCUACCAUUCCACUCUCAGCGUCCAGGAUGGCAUACGGGAGCUCGUCAAGGUCCUGCCUGCGAUGACGGAGGAGGAUAUCAUUCGCUGCAGGAACGUAUGAGAUACGGCCGGCAUGUGCCGCCCUCCUUUAAAAUCUUAGACAUUAGGGGUGAAUGUGUGUGGGUGACUUCAUAUAGGACAGUUUCUCAGACGUAAAAACAUAUAACAGAAUAUAUGCAGACUAAACGUAAAUUAUAGGUCUUAAGAGAUCAUUUCUUCCUAAUGUUUCGUAAACAUGUGAAUGUCAUGGUAAUUAUGAGACUUUUUUCCUUAUUUCAAAUUAAUCCAUGAAUGAUUUAAACCCCGGGAUUACAUGUAUAUGUGGGGAUGUUUAUUACAAUAUUGCAAUUUUUGUAUGGAUUUGUACUGAUAAUUUGCGAUGUUUUAAAAUCCCUUGCACUUUUGGCCAGUUAUUAUUAUAACGUUACACAUUAUAGUUUCAUGGGAACAGCUUUAUUUUGUUAUAGAUUUCUAUAGGUAGCCUUUUCAGCAAUGCCUCUGACAGAGGCAUUUUUAAAAGUACAUGUUAUGAGUUUCAUGGUAUCUUAAUGGUACUCAAUGUAAACUGAGAACGAUGUUCAAAGUAAAUGUUUUUGGUCAUUUUUUCACAGAGUAAGUCAUUGCACAACAAAUCAUGCACAACAAUACUCAAGUUGGGAUGAAAAGGGGGUCAUCAUUACAUCAUACAAACAUGUAGAAACGCUGGUUUGUUACACCCAGCUAUGUAUUUAUUGGUGCCACUGAAAAUUGAGGGAACCAUGCUGCCAGUUGUUUUUGUACUGUUUGUAGACACAGCAAGUAUGACAUCAUGACCAAAGUGUGCUUAGAAUUUCCGUUUUAAUAUCAAUAAAAUUAAGUCAUUGUCCAGGAUAUUUUCACUUGAAAUGUCAUCAAAAUCGUACAUUCAGCAUGCGUAAUAAUCAGGAAAAUUUGUGGAUGAAAAACUGAGUAGAUUCUAAAGAUGAUCUCCUCUUGAUUGUUUUAGAAAUAAGUAAAUGUUGGAUGUGAACAAGGUGUAGGUGUAGGUGUGUACAGUUAACUUGAUACUAGGUUCAUACAAAAAUGAUAGAUAGGCUUCAUUGACGCACACUAAGCAAAUUCUCACGUAAAAAAGUCUUCUUCCUUUAGAUUAAGACUGAACUAUCUGUGCCAUUUUAGAUGAAUGACCAGGUUGGCCUGGGUACUUGUUUGCUUGUUUGUUUUGUAUGUAUGUAUGUUAUCUUGUCUGACACUUCAUAUGCAAGGUAUUGGAGCUAUGUUAAGUUACAAAGUAAGUGAAUUAACUAGCAUCAAUGUAAAUUCCAGGCUGUGUUAACUGAUAAAUAUUGGUAUCCAACAGCAGCUUAUUGGACAGCAUGCCCCCCUCCCCAUUCCUUGCUAUGGACUUUCUCAUGGAUCCCAUUGUCUGCUGGGAGAUGUGGGGAACUGUGGGUAAUAAUAGUGCAAACAAACUUGAUACCAUGAUGUAACAGACUGGACUGGAGUCAAUAGGCAGUAGGCAUGCACUGUAUAGUGUAUACAUAUGGCAAUGAUAUCCUCAGUGUCACACAUGUCCACCAGGCUCUGUGGGAUCUGUGAAAUAGUCAGUAAGGCAUCUGUUUGAAAUGACAAAUAUUUUGGUGACUGCUUGUGGUCAGAUCCCUUUUACUGUGUACAUGACUAAAUUUCAUGUAGGAAAGUCUGUAAAAACAUAGAAAAACUUUGUUCAAUUACAUGUAUUGUCUGUAGCCAUGUAGCAUUAGCAAGCAAAGACAUGGUCCAGCAAUGUCUGUCACUUUGACAGUAGGGACAAGAAUCACAUAACUGGAAUUGUAUAAUACUUGAGAUAAAAUACAGAUGCAGGUCCAAAAUUAGUAGGACAUAACAUCAUUGUGUGUGCACCGUACAUGAAUAAAGUUACACCAGAUUAUAUAUACCUAUUUUGUUACUGAAAGUGUUUUAUUUUAUUUCCACCAGUGUAGCGCUGGAAGAAAUUAAACACCUAAGAGUUGAUAUCCUCCUGCAAGAGUAUACUCUUUGUCUGAGAAACCAAAAGUCCAAGUAAACAUUCUGUUAACUGUU